GGGAAGGCAAAUAUUUUAAAGAGAGAAUUGAUAACAGUUAAACUUUAAAAACGGUUUAAUCUAUACAACGUGUUUCUGCUGUUAAUAGCGAUAGUACCAGUUACUAAGGUAUUUGUCGACUUUUAUUUAGCGCAAUUGACCGACAUCACUUAUCACAAGAAAUAUGAGAGAACUACUACUACUCUACCCGCCACAAGUUCGUGAGAUUUUUCUAACAAACAACGCCAUAUAAACAAGAGCCCCUGGGUGAGCGAUUCAGUAAACAAGUUCCUCCAAGAGAACGAACAAUAUACGAUAUGGAUUUCUACUACAGCCCUGGCAGUAGCGUUUGCCGGGCGGUGAUCAUGACCGCGAAGGCAGUGGGCGUGGAGCUGAACAAAAAGUAUCUGAGCGUAGGAAAGGGUGAUACUCUCAAUCCGGAGUUCGUGAAGCUCAAUCCCCAGCACACCAUUCCCACCAUUGUGGACAAUGGAUUUGUGCUCUGGGAGUCGCGUCCCAUCGCCAUUUACCUGGUGGAGAAGUACGGAAAGAACGAUUCCCUCUACCCCAAGGAUCCCCAAAAACGAGCCGUCGUCAACCAGCGCUUGUACUUCGAUAUGGGUACACUGUACUCCGCUUUCUCCAAGUUCUACUAUUCCAUUUUUCGACCAACAAAGCCCGGAACUCUCGACGACUACGCGAAGAUUCAAGACGCCUUUAAGUUGCUGGACACCUUCCUCGAAGGCCAGGACUACGUGGCUGGGGACCAACUCACCAUUGCGGAUAUCGCCUUAGUGGCCACAGUUUCCACCUAUGAGUCCGUCGACUUUGAUUUCAAAAAAUACUCAAACGUAACCAGGUGGUACGAAAACUGCAAGAAAGUAGUGCCCGGUUGGGAGGAAAACUGGGAAGGCGUGCAAAGUUUCAAAAAACUUAUUCAAGGAGGCCUGGAUGAGUUCAAAAAGAAAUACGGUUUACUCAAUCCUGAUAAAAAGUCGUCAACGCGAAACGAAAUCAAUUCCAGCCCGAAAAAUAGAAGAGAACAUGCCAGCCAUGACCAGCAAUUUUUAUUAUUUCACAAUCUCAAUGCUAUAUAUAAGGGACGCCCACUUUCAUCACCUCAGUUUACGAUCCACCGGCACACAACAUUCAACAUGGAUUUCUACUACAGUCCCGGAAGCAGCGGAUGCCGCACCGUUCUCAUGACCGCCAAGGCUGUGGGCGUGGAGCUGAACAAGAUUAUCCUGAACCUGCGGGAAGGUGAACAGCUGAAGCCAGAGUUCGUGAAGCUUAAUCCCCAGCACACCAUUCCCACGCUGGUGGACAACGGAUUCUCUAUCUGGGAGUCCCGCGCCAUCGCCGUUUAUUUGGUGGAGAAGUACGGCAAGGACGACUCCCUCUUCCCCAAGGAUCCCAAGAAGCAGGCACUGGUGAACCAGCGAUUGUACUUCGAUAUGGGUACUCUGUACGCCGCAUUCUCCAAGUACUACUACCCCCUGAUACGCACCGGUACUCCCGGAUCUGAGGAAGAUUACCAAAAGAUCGGAACCGCCUUUGAGUUCCUUAACACCUUCCUCGAGGGCCAGGAUUACGUGGCCGGGGACCACGUAACAGUGGCGGACAUCGCCAUUGUGGCCACUCUGUCCACCUUCGAAGCCAUCGAGUUCAAAGACUUCAGCAAAUACUCCAAUGUCGCCCGGUAUUACGAAAACGCCAAGAAAGUAGUUCCCGGCUGGACGGAGAACUGGGAGGGUCUGCAGGCUUUCAAGAAACGUGUUCAGGAAAUACAGGCUGAACUCAAGAAGAAUUAAUGUUAACAACAAAAUAAUUUAUUAUAUUGAAUAAAAAAAAAAUGAAUAUUUUA